AUGUAUCGAAGCUACUACCUCUUUGGGGCCCUGGCUCUUUUUGGCUGGAUUUCACUCGCCGACGGGGAACCGAAAAAGCUUGUAGUAUUUAACAGCAUAGAAUGUACAUUAAGGAACAACGUGUUUUCAAAAAUCGAAUGCAAACUUUAUUCACGAACGGCAAUAAACGUUUUUGUGACCAUUGGUGACCAAAAGGCAGCCGACAAAUUGCUGGGAGUUUGCGAUGUGAAACUUAUGAACUAAGGUCAGAAUAAGACCGCACGUAUUAAGAAUCUCAGACUGGAUUUUUGUCAAUUGAAAAAACAUACCGAAACACGAUCCUUGCUGGGAGCAUACUACCAAGCGAUGCGGAGGGCAGUGGUCAAUUUUCCCGACAAGUGUCCUUUCCAAAAAAACACCACAUAUUUUGUAAAUCGUUUUAAUUUCAACGGCCAAGAAAUACCGCAAUAUCUACCUGAGGCUAAUUACACUUUUAAUGGAAAGUUUUAUGCAAACAAUAAGCUAGGACUUGAGGUCAAACUCACAGGGGGCUAUUAUGAAGUACGCAAUAUAUCAGUCUAUACAAAUCCGUUACUGUAA